GCGUUGCACUCUGGGAAUUGUAGUCUCCUGUUCCUCGGCUCCAAUGGCAGUAGCUGUGAAUGAACUCUAUUACCCAGAAGACACCUGCCAACUCUGGGAUUCCUGUUAAUCGUUCUCGCAGGCUUUAGCGGAACUCGCUGGCGUGACCCACAAGGCUCAGCGGAACUGCGCGAGAGUAGAAGCUAAGUAAAGAGUUUUGAUCAACUGUCACCUGAGCUACAACAACAGGAAAUUUGUUGCUACCACUAGGCUUCCAACAUGCCUCACAUUGACAAUGACAUUAAACUGGAUUUCAAGGAUGUCCUGUUGAGGCCCAAACGCAGCACCCUUAAGUCACGAAGUGAGGUGGAUCUCACUAGAUCCUUUUCGUUUCGGAACUCAAAGCAGCAGUAUACUGGGAUCCCUGUCAUUGCUGCCAACAUGGAUACCGUAGGCACCUUUGAGAUGGCCAAGGCUCUCUGUCAGUUCUCCCUCUUCACUGCUGUGCAUAAGCACUACAACCUGGAACAGUGGCAAGAGUUUGCCAGCCAGAACCCAGACUGUCUAGAGCACCUGGCCGCCAGCUCGGGCACAGGCUCUUCUGACUUUGAGCAGCUGGAAUGCAUCCUGGAAGCUGUUCCUCAGGUGAAAUAUAUCUGCCUGGAUGUGGCAAAUGGCUACUCUGAACACUUUGUUGAGUUUGUGAAGGGCGUGAGGAGGCGUUUCCCUCAACACACCAUCAUGGCAGGGAACGUGGUAACAGGCGAGAUGGUGGAAGAGCUCAUCCUCUCAGGGGCUGACAUCAUCAAAGUGGGAAUUGGACCAGGCUCUGUGUGCACCACCCGGAGGAAAACUGGAGUGGGGUAUCCGCAGCUCAGCGCGGUGAUGGAGUGUGCGGAUGCUGCUCAUGGCCUCAAAGGUCACAUCAUUUCAGAUGGAGGCUGCAGCUGCCCAGGGGAUGUGGCAAAGGCUUUUGGGGCCGGGGCUGAUUUUGUCAUGCUGGGUGGCAUGCUCGCUGGGCACAAGGAGUCAGGUGGUGAGCUCAUCGAGAGGGAUGGCAAGAAGUACAAGCUCUUUUAUGGAAUGAGUUCUGAAAUGGCCAUGAAGAAGUAUGCUGGGGGUGUGGCUGACUACAGGGCCUCAGAGGGAAAGACAGUGGAGGUGCCCUUCAAAGGGGAAGUGGCACACACCAUCAAAGACAUCCUGGGAGGCAUCCGUUCCACGUGCACCUAUGUGGGAGCGGCUAAGCUGAAGGAGCUGAGCCGGAGGACUACCUUCAUCCGGGUCACCCAGCAGGUGAAUCCCGUCUUCAGUGAUGCCAGCUAGACUUAGACAGGUCUGCCCUUCCAGGGUGCCAGCAUCCCCACAGGGCCUCCACCUGUCCCAGCUACUGUAGUUGGUGAGUACACCCAUACUCCCUGGCACCUCGAUCCUGAGGGCUCCCUGUAGUGAUUCUACUUUUCUGUCAUUGCACACAAAACGCCCAGGACAUUCAGUGGACAGAAAGCAAGGAAGGUAAUCAACCAGGAAUAUGGGGACCUAGCAGUCUGAAGAUUAUUAAAUGGAAGAAAUGAUGCUGAUUGACUC